AUGUCAGCACGACCUGAGAAUGUGGGCAUCAAAGCCCUGGAGAUUUACUUUCCGAACCAGUAUGUCGACCAGACCGAUCUAGAAAAGUACAUGGGCGUAAGCCCGGGCAAGUUUACUCUUGGCCUCGGCCAGGCGACAAUGGCAUUCUGCGAUGACCGCGAGGACAUUUACUCUAUCCUCCUAACCACCGUCUCGUCCCUUCUAAAGAAAUACUCGAUUCCUCCGACGUCGAUUGGCCGCCUCGAAGUCGGCACUGAGACGGUCCUCGACAAAGCCAAAUCCUGCAAGUCUGUGCUCAUGCAACUCUUCUCUCCAAGCGGCAACAGCGACAUCGAAGGCAUCGAUACUAUCCACGCCUGCUACGGUGGAACAAACGCGCUCUUCAAUGCUGUCAACUGGAUUGAGUCGAGUUCCUGGGACGGGCGCGACGCAAUUGUUGUCAUGGGUGAUAUUGCCAUGUAUGACACUCCGGCAGCGCGACCAACAGGCGGUGUUGGAUGUGUCGCCAUGCUUAUCGGUGCGGAUGCGCCAUUGGUAGUGGAGGGCAAGGCCAAAGCAAGUUGGAUGCAGCACGCAUACGACUUUUACAAACCAGAUUUCGGGCGUGAAUAUCCGGUGGUAGAUGGCCAUUACUCCAAUACAUGUUACCUGACAGGUCUAGAGGAGUGCUACAAGGGACACCAUCUCAAGAAGGAAAAGGCGGCGGAGCCACAAAGCCUUCCUCAAGAGAAGACGAGACUGAAUGUCUUCGACUACAUGAUCUUCCACGCCCCGUAUUGCAAGCUGGUCUCCAAGUCAUACGCCAGAUUGCUUUACCAAGAUUACCUACACAAUCCCAGCCAUGCCGCUUUUGCUGAUGUCCCAGCUUCCAUCGCCAGCAUCGACCACGAAACCUCGCUCACUGACAAAACGAUCGAAAAGACAUUCGUCAACCUAUCCAAACCGGAAUUUGCAGCACGCGUCCAGCCAUCGCUAACCGCAGCCACGCUGUGCGGCAACAGCUACACAGCGAGCGUGUACUCGUGCCUCAUCAGCCUGGUUUACAAUGUGCCAAGCCAGCAACUUCUGGGCACAACAGUCGGCGUAUUCAGCUACGGCGGCGGCUCCGCGAGUACUCUAUACACGAUCCGGGUGCGAGGCGAGGUCAGCGAUAUUGCAAAGGCGCUUGAUCUUCACGCCCGCCUCGACGCGAGACAUCGGGUCUCGCCGGAGGAAUACAACCAGGCAUGCCUUCUCCGCGAACAAGCCCACCAGCAAAAGGCCUUUGUGCCCAAGGGUGGACUGGACCGGAUGACCCCGGGCACGUAUUAUCUCACCGAGAUCGAUGCGCUGUUCCGUCGGCAAUACGCUGUCAAGGCGUGA